AUGACUGUGUGGGUCUCUCGCUUCUUGCUCGGAAUGAAGAUUUAUUGGAGUACCAGAUACACCUCAUCCAAGGUUUCUCCUUUAAACACAGCGCUCACGGGCCCUAUCGGAAACGCUGCUUACAAGAUUUCGACCCCCUUCAGACUGAGCAACUGGGAAACAACAAUCAAAAGGGGCGAUCAGGUCAUAGCCACCAUCCAAUGGAAGAUAUUUAAAAACAGUAUGCUUACCAUAGAUGAUAAGUCGUAUGCUAUCAAAGACGUAUUUCCCCGGCUCAAGAAGGCGUCUACGUGA